UAAACUUUGAAAACUUAGAAAAGUUUCAAACUGUAUUGAAUUUUAAAAUUUUCGUUUAACAGCUCGCAAAUGGCAGCAGCUUCAGUCCAAGAGAUACAGCGAGAAGCGCAAGUUUGGCUUCGUGGAGGCACAAAAAGAAGACAUGCCUCCAGAACAUGUCAGAAAGAUUAUCCGUGACCAUGRAGAUAUGUCCAGUAGGAAAUAUCGGCAUGAUAAGAGAGUCUACUUGGGAGCUCUGAAGUACAUGCCUCAUGCAGUCCUGAAAUUACUGGAGAACAUGCCAAUGCCGUGGGAGCAGAUUCGUGAUGUCAAAGUUCUAUACCACAUCACUGGAGCCAUCACCUUUAUAAAUGAGAUUCCUUGGGUUGUAGAACCAAUCUACAUGGCUCAGUGGGGAACAAUGUGGAUUAUGAUGCGUCGUGAAAAGAGAGAUCGUCGUCACUUCAAAAGAAUGAGAUUCCCUCCCUUUGAUGAUGAAGAACCACCUCUAGACUAUGCGGACAACAUCCUUGAGGUUGAACCACUGGAACCUAUACAACUAGAGCUUGAUCCAGAUGAAGAUGCUGCUGUCUGUGAAUGGUUCUAUGAUCACAAGCCACUAGCAGAAACAAAGUAUUUAAAUGGAACAUCAUACCGACGGUGGAAUCUCACACUACCUGUCAUGGCAACACUCUAUCGUCUUGGCAACCAGCUCUUAUCUGAUCUAGUUGAUGAAAACUACUUCUACCUGUUUGAUUUGAAAGCCUUCUUCACAGCUAAAGCUUUGAACGUCUGUAUACCUGGUGGUCCGAAGUUUGAGCCUCUUGUGAGAGAUUUCACCGUCCAUGAAGAAGACUGGAACGAAUUUAAUGACAUCAACAAGAUUAUCAUUCGACAACCUGUCAGAACAGAAUACAAUUAUCUGUAUAAUAGCCUGCCAUUCAAGGUUCAGUUGCCGUGGUAUCAUAGGGUUAGUGUUGUGUACAUCAAGACAGAGGACCCUGAUCUUCCUGCAUUCUACUUUGAUCCUCUCAUCAAUCCAAUCUCUCACAGACAUGCUGUUAAGGUAAUAGAUUCACUAUGCAUAUGGGUUAAGUGUCUAAUGUACAGAGAACAUUGCCCAUCAGGACAUCCAGUCAAAGUGAGAGUGUCUUACCAGAAGCUUUUGAAAUGUUACGUCCUAAACGCAUUGAAGCACAGACCACCAAAGGCACAGAAGAAAAGGUAUUUGUUCCGUUCAUUCAAAGCCACAAAAUUUUUCCAGUCCACGACUUUAGACUGGGUGGAAGCUGGCCUACAGGUCUGUCGUCAAGGUUACAACAUGUUGAACCUCUUAAUCCACCGUAAGAACCUCAACUACCUUCAUCUGGAUUACAACUUCAACUUGAAGCCCAUCAAGACCUUGACUACCAAGGAACRUAAGAAGUCUAGGUUUGGUAAUGCUUUCCAUCUGUGCCGUGAGAUUCUCAGGCUCACUAAGCUGAUUGUAGACUCUCAUGUGCAGUACAGACUUGGUAAUGUGGAUUGCUAUCAGCUUGCUGAUGGUCUGCAGUACAUGUUUUCCCAUGUGGGUCAGCUAACAGGCAUGUACCGUUACAAGUACAAACUGAUGAGACAGAUCAGAAUGUGCAAGGAUCUGAAGCAUCUCAUCUAUUACCGAUUCAACACUGGAGCUGUUGGCAAGGGUCCAGGGUGUGGCUUUUGGGCCCCAGGCUGGCGUGUGUGGCUGUUCUUUCUCCGUGGUAUUGUACCACUCCUGGAAAGAUGGCUUGGCAACCUGUUGGCCAGGCAGUUUGAAGGCAGACACUCCAAGGGAGUGGCCAAGACAGUCACUAAGCAGCGUGUGGAAAGUCACUUUGAUUUGGAGUUGCGUGCAGCUGUAAUGCACGAUAUCCUGGACAUGAUGCCUGAAGGGAUCAAGCAGAACAAGGCUAGGACUAUCUUACAGCAUCUUAGCGAGGCCUGGAGAUGCUGGAAGGCCAAUAUUCCAUGGAAGGUGCCAGGCCUGCCCAUUCCAAUUGAGAACAUGAUCCUGCGUUACGUCAAGGCCAAAGCAGAUUGGUGGACCAACACAGCUCACUACAACAGGGAGCGUAUUCGCCGUGGAGCAACAGUAGACAAGACYGUGUGUAAGAAGAAUCUGGGUAGACUGACCAGGUUGUACCUGAAGGCUGAACAAGAGAGACAGCACAACUACUUGAAGGAUGGUCCAUACAUCUCAGCAGAAGAGGCUGUAGCCAUCUACACCACCACAGUCCAUUGGUUGGAGAGUAGGAGAUUCUCUCCCAUCCCCUUCCCUCCACUCUCCUACAAACAUGACACCAAGCUUCUCAUUCUGGCCCUGGAGAGACUCAAGGAGGCAUACAGUGUGAAGAGUCGACUGAACCAGUCUCAACGAGAAGAACUUGGUYUGAUUGAACAGGCCUAUGAUAACCCUCACGAGGCACUCAGCAGAAUCAAGCGUCAUCUCCUAACACAGAGAGCUUUUAAAGAGGUUGGCAUUGAGUUCAUGGAUCUUUACAGCCAUCUCAUACCUGUCUAUGAUGUGGAACCACUAGAGAAGAUWACAGAUGCCUACCUGGAUCAAUAUCUUUGGUAUGAGGCAGACAAGCGCAGGUUAUUCCCCCCUUGGAUCAAACCAUCAGACACAGAACCACCUCCGUUACUAGUCUAUAAAUGGUGUCAAGGUAUCAACAACUUGCAAGACGUGUGGGAAACAUCAGAAGGAGAAUGUAACGUGAUGAUGGAAUCCAAGUUUGAGAAGCUCUAUGAGAAGAUUGACUUGACGUUGCUCAACAGACUGUUACGUCUGAUUGUCGAUCAUAAUAUUGCUGAUUACAUGACGGCUAAGAACAACGUGGUCAUCAAUUACAAGGAUAUGAACCAUACUAAUUCCUAUGGAAUCAUCCGUGGUCUUCAGUUUGCCUCAUUCAUUGUCCAGUAUUAUGGUCUUGURCUGGAUUUACUUGUGCUGGGUCUACAGCGAGCUAGUGAGAUGGCUGGUCCACCACAGAUGCCWAAUGAUUUCUUGACAUUCCAAGAUGUAGAUACUGAAUCCCGGCAUCCAAUCAGGCUGUACUCUCGUUACAUUGACAGGAUACAUGUGUUCUUCAGGUUCACCGCAGAAGAGGCUCGUGAUUUGAUCCAGCGCUACCUCACAGAACAUCCCGACCCCAACAACGAGAACAUCGUGGGCUACAACAACAAGAAAUGCUGGCCACGWGAUGCACGAAUGCGCCUCAUGAAGCAUGAUGUCAACCUUGGUCGUGCCGUGUUCUGGGACAUCAAGAAUCGUCUGCCUCGGUCUGUCAGUACCUUGCUAUGGGAGAACAGCUUUGUGUCUGUGUAUAGUAAGGAUAACCCUAACCUGCUUUUCAAUAUGAGUGGAUUUGAGUGUCGUAUUCUGCCCAAGUGUCGUACAACCUUUGAGGAGUUCACACACAAGGAUGGUGUAUGGAACUUACAAAACGAGGUCACCAAGGAGCGAACAGCCCAGUGUUUCUUACGUGUGGAUAACGAGUCGCUAGGACGUUUCCAUAAUCGUGUCCGUCAGAUCCUCAUGGCUUCAGGAUCAACUACAUUCACCAAGAUCGUCAACAAGUGGAACACAGCGCUGAUUGGAUUGAUGACGUACUUCAGAGAAGCUGUCGUCAAUACCCAGGAACUGCUAGACUUACUGGUCAAGUGCGAAAACAARAUUCAAACCCGUAUCAAGAUUGGUCUAAACUCUAAGAUGCCCAGUCGUUUUCCCCCAGUAGUGUUCUAUACACCCAAAGAAUUGGGUGGCUUGGGUAUGUUGUCCAUGGGCCAUGUGCUCAUCCCACAGUCUGACCUCAGGAAGCUGACGAAUGCACAGAGAUCUGGUUUGAAUCAGAUCCCCAACAGACGAUUCACUCUCUGGUGGUCACCUACUAUCAACAGGGCUAACGUAUAUGUUGGAUUCCAAGUGCAGCUUGAUCUGACGGGUAUCUUUAUGCAYGGUAAAAUCCCUACACUCAAGAUCUCACUCAUCCAGAUCUUCAGGGCUCAUCUUUGGCAGAAGGUUCACGAGAGCGUCGUGAUGGAUCUCUGUCAGGUGUUUGAUCAAGAACUAGAUGCUCUAGAGAUCGAGACGGUACAGAAAGAGACGAUUCAUCCACGUAAAUCGUACAAGAUGAACAGCUCGUGUGCCGAUAUUCUGCUGUUCGCUGCUUAUAAGUGGAACAUCUUCAAACCAUCCCUUCUCGCCGACUCCAAUGACAUGAUGGAUGGAUCUGUCAGCCAGAAGUACUGGGUGGACGUACAGUUACGAUGGGGUGACUACGAUUCCCACGAUAUCGAACGAUAUGCACGUGCUAAGUUCCUGGACUACACCACAGACAACAUGAGUAUCUACCCCUCCCCUACUGGGGUACUGAUUGCCCUUGAUCUGGCUUACAAUCUUCACAGUGCCUUUGGUAACUGGUUCCCUGGCAUCAAGCCCUUGAUACAACAAGCGAUGGCUAAGAUCAUGAAGGCUAACCCUGCCCUGUAUGUCCUGAGAGAACGUAUCCGUAAAGCACUCCAGUUGUACUCYAGUGAGCCUACUGAACCGUACCUGUCGUCACAGAACUAUGGAGAACUKUUCUCUAACCAGAUUAUCUGGUUCGUUGAUGAUACGAAUGUCUAUCGUGUCACGAUUCAUAAGACCUUUGAGGGUAAUCUCACUACCAAACCCAUCAAUGGCGCCAUCUUCAUCUUCAAUCCUCGCACAGGACAGCUGUUCUUGAAGAUCAUCCAUACCUCUGUCUGGGCUGGUCAGAAACGUUUAGGACAGCUCGCUAAAUGGAAGACAGCCGAAGAAGUAGCUGCGUUGAUUCGUUCGCUUCCGGUUGAAGAACAACCCAAGCAGAUUAUUGUCACAAGAAAAGGAAUGUUGGACCCUCUCGAGGUUCAUCUUCUUGAUUUCCCUAACAUCGUCAUCAAGGGUAGCGAGUUACAACUACCUUUCCAGGCCUGCCUCAAGGUGGAGAAGCUGGGAGAUAUGAUCCUCAAAGCCACCGAACCUCAGAUGGUACUAUUCAACCUGUACGAUGACUGGCUCAAGACUAUCUCAUCCUACACCGCAUUCUCUCGUCUGAUCCUGAUCCUUAGAGCCUUGCACGUYAAUGCUGAUCGCACCAAGGUCAUCCUUAAACCAGACAAGACCAUCAUUACUGAACCACAUCAUAUCUGGCCUUCAUUGUCAGAUGAGGAAUGGGUCAGCGUUGAAGUACAGCUAAAGGAUCUUAUCUUGGCUGAUUAUGGCAAGAAGAACAAUGUGAACGUGGCUUCAUUGACGCAGUCCGAGAUUCGUGACAUCAUUCUUGGUAUGGAGAUCUCUGCUCCUUCACAACAACGACAACAAAUCGCCGAGAUCGAAAAACAGACGAAAGAACAAUCCCAACUGACAGCAACUACAACACGCUGGCGUGUCAGAGCCAUAUCAGCUACUAACCUUCAUCUUCGUACUAACCACAUCUAUGUGUCGUCUGAUGAUAUCAAGGAGACUGGAUUCACAUAUAUUCUGCCGAAGAAUGUGCUGAAGAAGUUCAUUGUUAUAUCUGAUCUAAGGACUCAGAUAUCUGGUUAUCUGUAUGGCGUAAGUCCUCCAGAUAACCCACAAGUCAAGGAGAUACGAUGCAUUGUGAUGGUCCCUCAGUGGGGCACACAUCAGACUGUCCACCUGCCKAACAUGUUACCACAGCACGACUACCUUAAAGAAGUGGAACCCCUUGGAUGGAUUCACACACAGCCUAACGAACUGCCUCAGUUGGGCCCUCAGGAUGUUACAACGCAUGCYAAGAUCAUGGCUGACAAUCCAUCCUGGGAUGGUGAGAAGACGGUSAUUAUCACUUGCAGUUUCACGCCAGGAUCAUGCUCACUAACAGCUUACAAGUUGACCCCAUCUGGUUAUGACUGGGGUCGUAAUAACAAGGAUACUGGUAACAACCCACGUGGUUACCUACCAUCUCAUUACGAGAAGGUACAGAUGCUCCUGUCUGAUCGUUUCCUUGGGUUCUUCAUGGUUCCUGCUCAAGGCUCUUGGAACUAUAACUUCAUGGGUGUUCGUCACUCUCCUAAUAUGCGGUACGAGCUCCAACUGUCAAACCCUAAAGAYUUUUACCACGAGGUACACCGCCCUUCUCAUUUCCUGAACUUCAGCGCGAUGGAAGAGUCAGAGCAGAUCACCGCAGACAGAGAAGACAUGUUUAAUUAAAGGAACUCUAAUCUUUACCUUCCAAAAGCCAGUCUGCUUAUUCUAGCAUCUCCAGUAAGCGGCUCAUCAAUACUGAAGAUGUUUCACUCCACUAGGAAUGUUCAAAGGACAAACUUACAGAAAAGACAUGUUUAAUUAAAGGACCUCUAAUCUUUACCUUCCAAAAGCCAGUCUGCUUAUUCUAGCACCUCCAAAAAGCGGCUCUUCAAUUCUGAAGAUGGUUCACUCACUAGGAAGACAAGCUUACAGAAAAUGCUCGCUAUCUUUCUCGUAACUUUACUCUCACCUCAUUUGCCACUUUCCAAUCAGUCGUCAAUCAUAUUGUUAACGUAAAAUAGUAAAGGCUUGAAUUGCAAGCAGAAAAAUGUUGAAAUUUAUUGCUCUCUGUGUGUGUAUCCUUUAACUUUGUAUAUACGAUACUAAGAAAUGUGAACCUUUUUA